AUGAUUUUCGAGAUAUCGCAGUAUAUUUUUAUAGAGGAAACUACUCACAAGGUUGCUGAAAGAUUGCUCUCGAUGAGUUUUCAGCAACCGUUGAAGUAUCAGUGCUCUAUCACGGGUGAUGACGAUGAUCCCAGGUAUGAACAAACUUCUCGGAUUCCACAAACAACCCUAGGUAUCGAGAACUACACUCAUUCGCAAAUCAAUUUGGUUUUCACGAGAGACUAA